GUCACAUGCGCAAACAGGAAGAACUUUGUAAACAUUACGCUACUUUGUAGUAACCUUAAGCACAUUGCUGCCAUGCAAACUUAGAUACAUAGUGUGUCUUCAUGAUAGAGCCAGACUGUUGCAGUUCUACGAGAUCGUGUGUUCAAGUGAAGUGCAAUACCCAGACAGACAGAUAGGCAAACACUGUCAGAAUGAUCAGACACGCACUGCAGGCGGGGACACGAGCCCUCUGUCGGCGCCGCUUCUCUGACACUCACAGCAGAGAAGUCGUUGAGGAUGUUCUUGAAAGGACAGAGUCUGCUCGCAUCACAAAGCAGGCGUCUCUCUACGUUCACUGGCCUUACUGUCUCAGAAGGUGUUCCUACUGCAACUUUAACAAAUAUAUACCCAGAGAGGACAAUGAGCACAUGAUGACAGAGUGCCUUCAGAGGGAGACUGAGACAUUGCUGCAGCUCAGUCAGGUAUCCUGCAUCACAUCAGUGUUUUUUGGUGGUGGGACUCCAAGCCUGGCUGAUCCUUCAACCAUUGCUGCAGUCCUCGAAACCGUAUCCAAGCGGGCGUGUCUCUCAGAUACAGCUGAGGUCACACUCGAGGUAAACCCUACUCCUGUGGGAAAGUCAAAGUUAGAGGACUUCUUCCGUGCAGGGGUGAACCGUCUCUCAAUCGGGGUCCAGUCUUUGCAGGAUAAGGAUUUGGAAAUCCUGGGAAGGGACCACAGCCCUCAGCAGGCUUUGCAAACUGUCGCAGAGGCCAGGAGGCUGUGCCCCGGGAGGGUGUCGGUGGAUGUCAUGUUUGGACGACCCGAACAGAGCGUUGAAUCCUGGGAGAAUGAGUUGUCUGAGCUGUUAAGGGUGUGCGAUGACCACGUGUCUCUGUACCAGCUCACAUUGGAGCGUGGCACGCAGCUGUUCAAACAGGUGCUACAAGGAGAGGUGACUCUGCCCACUGAAGAGGUGACAGCAGAGAUGUACCAGUGUGCCAGGAGGACCCUCCACCAACACGGCUUCCUGCAGUACGAGGUGUCUAACUUUGCCAGACAAAACGCAGUGAGUCAUCACAACAGGAGCUACUGGAAGGGAACACAAUACAUCGGGGUCGGACCAGGAGCUCACGGACGGUUUGUUCCUGUGGGGGAGGGAGGUGUCCUCCGCGAGGCCAGGACCCAGACUCUGGAGCCUGACAUCUGGAUGCGUGAAGUCCAGCAGAAGGGACAUGCAACACGGAGAAGGAUUCAACUCAGCCAUCUUGAACUAUUGGAGGAGGUGUUGGUGAUGGGAAUGAGAAUGACAGAUGGCAUCAAUAACAAGCAUUGGGAGUUGUUUAGCCCUCAUCUGGGCCUCCAUGAAGUUUUUGGUACAUCAAGCGACGUCAAAGAGUUGCUACAGAGAGGACAACUCAUUCUUGAUGACAGAGGCCUGCGCUGCUCCUGGGAGGGACUGGCCUUACUGGACAGCAUGCUGCCCGCUCUACUGGUGGAGCUGGAGAGACAUGUCAAUCAGAGGCUACAAGAGGACGACCAUGCUAAAGGACAAACAAAAAGGAACUCCGACCUACAAUGACAGUACUGGUAACAAAGACAAUGUCUUUAGAGAACAGGCAGCUAUUUAUUAAAACAACCCCACAUAUUUAUGUCAUAUAUAUGUUGUGUAUUGAAAUUCAUUAUUUAAGCCUUUGCCAUUGACAAACUGUGUUAAUAAAGUGUUUUAUCUUUAAUUUUACUUUGCUGUUUAGUUGGGAGCACAGCAAUCUCCUAUUUGCUCCUGUUUGUAUGGAAAUAAAACAUGCCCCACAGGCUUUUAUAUUAUAUUGUCUCUGUCACACUGUGAGUACUAUCAUCUCUCUGCUUGGAUAAGAAAAUUAGAUGCUAAUAUAUUUCAUAGGCGUGGAGGGGCUAUCAUGCAAUUAUUUCUUGUGCUGAAUCAUUUCUCAAUCGAUAAUUUAAUCCAGAUAUAAUUGUUUCUCUCCCACUACACAGGAUAUUGUGAAAAUAAAGGUUUUAAUUCACAUACAGUUAAGAGUCAUCUUUGUUAGUUACUCAUUUACCUGGUGUGUAAUUUCCUUAAUGUGUGUGUAAGGAAACGUGUUCAAUUAAAUUUACAGCUGUUACAUUCAACAAA